CACCAACGGCAUCUCGAUUUCUGGCAUUAUCGGUUGGCACGUCCGUAGACCAACAUACUUGUUUCACAUUCUACUCGAUACGGCUGGUCCAUAAGUGAGACAACAAAUUAAUAUCCCAUCUAAGUCAUAAUUGUGAAGUAAAAUGCGAUCGUUAAUCGCAGUAUUUGCUUUUGUGGCUAUUGCCACGGUCUGCGGAGAAACUUUCUUCGAUGAGAAAUUCCUUGAUGAUUCCUGGGAGACUAAUUGGGUUUACUCUGAACAUCCCGGAAAGGAGUUCGGUAAAUUCGUACGCAGCCAUGGAAAAUUCUGGAACGAUCCUGAAAACGACAAAGGUCUUCAAACGUCGCAGGAUGCGCGCUUUUAUGCCCUCAGCGCCAAAUUCACCCCUUUCUCCAACGAAAAGAAACCAUUGGUUGUUCAAUUCACGGUAAAACACGAGCAGAAUAUUGACUGCGGCGGUGGUUAUGUGAAGGUGUUCGACUGCUCCCUGAAUCAGAAGGACAUGCAUGGAGAGACUCCUUAUCUCCUCAUGUUCGGACCUGACAUCUGCGGCCCUGGUACCAAAAAAGUCCACGUUAUCUUCAACUACAAGGGAAAAAAUCUUCUUAUCAACAAGGACAUCCGUUGCAAGGAUGAUCAGUAUACCCAUCUCUAUACUCUUAUCGUCAAUCCCGAUAAUACAUACCAGGUACUGAUCGACAAUGAGGUUGCUGAAUCUGGUGAAUUGGAGGCUGACUGGGACUUCCUUCCCCCCAAGAAGAUAAAGGAUCCAUCUCAGACAAAACCAGACGAUUGGGAUGAACGUGCGACAAUUCCCGACCCAGAGGACAAGAAGCCAGAGGACUGGGACAAAGAAGAGCUCAUUCCCGACCCAGAAGCUACAAAACCAGAGGACUGGGACGAAGAGAUGGACGGCGAGUGGGAGCCACCAAAGGUUGGAAAUCCCGAAUACAAGGGUGAAUGGAAACCAAAGCAGAUUGACAACCCCAAUUACAAAGGACCAUGGAUUCAUCCCGAAAUCGAUAAUCCUGAAUACGCACCAGAUCCUGAACUCUACAAGAAGGACGAAGUUUGUGCCAUUGGUUUUGAUUUAUGGCAAGUUAAAUCAGGAACUAUCUUUGAUAAUGUUCUCAUUACGGACGACCCUGCGACUGCCAAGAAGUUCGGAGAUGAUGUGUGGAAACCCACUAUCGAGGGAGAGAAAAAAAUGAAGGAUGCUCAAGAUGAGGAAGAGAGGAAGAAGGCUGAGAAGGAUGCAAGUGAAAAUACAACAGAAGACAGCAAUGACGAUGACGAGGAUGAUGAUGCAGAAGAGGAAAACAGUCGUACAGAAGAAAUCGAGGAACAUGACGAGUUGUAAAUAAGGGUCAGAGAUGACAAAAAAUUCAGACUGUAUUCCAGGGGCUGGCAGGCUUGAAAAUAUACGCACCAACUGGCACAGGAAAAAUAUAAUGCCAUCGAAAAAACAAGCUAUUUCGGAAUAUCGCCGUUUUUAUCCAAGAUUCACUUUCAUCCGAUGAGUCACUUCCGGGAUGGAAGAAUGCUCCACUGAUGACAAUUUAAGGUUUAACCCUAAUCGUUAAGCAUCUUAAUAUGUCUUAAGAACACACUGGGAUGAAUGAAUGAUCCUGCAAAUUACGACGAUAAACUGCAAUGCUGUUUUUGAAAUUAUAAACAAAUGGUGUUGAAGAACCGUGCUUAGCUUCACCUUCGCCACAGCUCCAAAAAGACUAUAAGUUGUUCCGUUUUUGUUUGUCAAGUGUUUUUUAUAAUGAAAAAAGUCAUGAUAGCAGUGAUUUUGAAAAGAAAAUUCAAUAUUAAUGAUUGUCAGCGACAUUUGUAGAUUAACGGUUGUUUUCAAGGUUUUUAUUUGAAGUCAAACAUUCUUUCCUCAUCUACGUAGAAAUUUAUAUGACGCUAAGUGGUCGGGUGUGUAUUUAAAUAUGACUGAGUGAUAAUUAUUGAAUAAUUUUAUCAAAAUAAAAAAUAAAUAAACAUUGGAAACACAAACGCCAAUAACAAUGUAAUAAAUUAAUAAGAAUUUUCUAGACGUG